CCCACGAUCAAAUGUCUUCAUAGAGUGACGUCAAGAUUUCUCGUCACAUCUUUGUCAGUGAACAAAAUGGCAACCUACUGCUUAACUGUCACCCGGCUUCGGCUAGCUCUGGGGCAGGGUGCCCGCCGCAUGCAUGUGGCUGCAGCCCUCAACGCUAAGGCCAAAGUGUCCAUGAGCCGCUUUGAGCCUACCUCCCACAUCAACUAUGAGAAGCUCCAGGCCAAUGUCAACAUUGUGCGCAAGAGGCUCAACAGACCUCUCACCUUGUCGGAGAAGAUUGUGUACGGUCAUCUGGAAGACCCCCAUGGACAGGAAAUUGACAGGGGCCGCACAUACCUGCGUCUGCGGCCAGACCGCGUGGCCAUGCAGGACGCCACGGCUCAGAUGGCCAUGCUGCAGUUCAUCAGCAGUGGCCUGCCCAAGGUGGCUGUGCCCUCCACCAUCCACUGUGACCAUCUCAUUGAGGCCCAGACUGGUGGACCCACGGACCUGAAAAGGGCAAAGGACAUUAAUAAGGAGGUUUACAACUUCCUUGCCAGUGCUGGUGCCAAAUAUGGUGUAGGCUUCUGGAAACCAGGCUCUGGGAUCAUCCAUCAGAUCAUCCUGGAGAACUAUGCCUAUCCUGGAGUCCUGCUGAUUGGUACAGAUUCUCAUACGCCAAACGGCGGCGGUCUUGGCUGCAUCUGUAUUGGCGUGGGUGGUGCCGAUGCCGUGGAUGUUAUGGCUAACAUACCGUGGGAGCUGAAGUGUCCUAACGUGAUCGGUGUGAAGCUGACUGGUGCUCUGUCUGGCUGGACAUCCCCCAAAGACGUUAUUCUGAAGGUAGCAGGCAUACUGACUGUAAAGGGUGGCACUGGAGCUAUUGUGGAGUACCACGGACCUGGUGUAGACUCCAUCUCCUGCACAGGAAUGGCAACUAUCUGUAACAUGGGAGCUGAGAUUGGGGCCACGACCUCUGUUUUCCCCUACAACCACCGUAUGAGGACCUAUCUUGAAAAAACCGGACGUGGAGAAAUUGCUGCUCUGGCUGAUGAGUACCAGGACGUGCUAGUGCCUGAUGCGGACUGUAAAUAUGACCAGGUCAUUGAAAUCAACCUGAGUGAGCUGAAACCCCACAUUAAUGGACCCUUCACCCCUGACUUGUGCCACCCUGUGUCUGAAAUUGGCAAGACGGCAACAGACAGCGGAUGGCCUCUGGAGGUCAAAGUGGGUUUGAUUGGCAGCUGCACCAACUCCAGUUAUGAGGACAUGGGCAGAGCUGCCUCCCUUGCCAAGCAGGCUCUUGACCAUGGCCUCAAGUGCAAGGCCGCGUUCACAAUCACCCCAGGGUCUGAGCAGAUUCGUGCCACCAUUGAGAGAGACGGUUAUUCCAAGAUCCUAAGUGACGUUGGAGGUGUGGUGCUGGCUAACGCCUGUGGACCCUGCAUUGGCCAGUGGGACAGGAAAGACAUCAAGAAGGGAGAGAAGAACACCAUCGUCACAUCCUACAACCGUAACUUCACUGGCAGAAACGAUGCCAACCCUGCCACCCACGCUUUUGUCACCUCCCCUGAGAUCGUCACAGCCAUGGCCAUUGCCGGCAGGCUGGACUUCAAUCCUGAGACCGACUUCCUCACUGCCGCCAAUGGAGAGAAGUUCAAGCUUCUCCCGCCCACUGGUGAUGAGCUGCCCGCCCGUGACUUCGACCCUGGUGAGGAUACCUACCAGUACCCACCGCCAGACGGCUCCAGCCUCCGUGUGGACGUCAACCCCCAGAGCAACCGCCUGCAGCUGCUGGAGCCCUUUGACAAGUGGAGCGGCGGCGACCUGGAGGACCUGCAAGUCCUCAUCAAGGUGAAGGGAAAGUGCACCACAGAUCACAUCAGCGCCGCAGGGCCCUGGCUCAAAUUCCGUGGUCACCUUGACAACAUCUCCAACAACAUGCUCAUUGGCGCCAUCAACCUAGAGAACGGCGCCGUCAACAAGAUCAAGAACCAGCUGACUGGAGAAUAUGGCGGCGUUCCUGAUGUGGCUCGCCACUACAAGAAGAGUGGCGUGUCCUGGAUUGUGGUGGGGGACGAGAACUACGGCGAGGGCUCCAGCAGAGAGCACGCCGCUCUGGAGCCACGCCACCUGGGGGGCAGGGUCAUCCUCGUCAAGAGCUUCGCUCGGAUUCAUGAGACAAACCUGAAGAAACAGGGAAUGCUGCCUCUCACUUUUGACAACGCUGCCGACUAUGACAAGAUUCGCCCAGAUGACAAAAUCACAAUUGUAGGCCUCAAGGAACUUACUCCAGGAAAGCCUUUGAAGGCUGUCAUUAAGCACCUUGAUGGCAGCACAGAGAGCGUCACCCUAAACCACAGCUUCAAUGAGACGCAGAUUGAAUGGUUCCAGGCCGGCAGCGCCCUCAACAGGAUGAAGAUGAUGCAAUGAGACGGGCCUGACAGAGAGAGGAGGGGUUAUAUUCAGGGGAGCAGAAAGUGGGAGAUGUCUUUUGAAUAGUCCAGUGGGGUUUAGCAGUUCCAUAACUGGAUGUAGACCAGGGAUAAGUUGAAAGCCCACCCCUCCAAUAGACAUUCAUAAUCUUUUAACCAGACCACCAUGACUACAUGAGAUGAUUUUUUUCCGCUGUACAGAGAGGUCACUCACAAACACCCUCAUUGGCACAGGAAUACAUGAAGACUAUUGCAGCGCAGCAGGGGAUGUGGCUCAGUUAGUCACAGGACUGGGUACUUGUGUGCAGUUAUGCAAGGUUCUCCUUGCUACCUUUUGUUGAUGGUUAAGUCAACUGAAUUGUCAGACAGCCGGUUCUCUGUAUUUAUUUCAUAAAGGGAAGCUCGUAGUAGAGCACAAAGUUGACAUAUGUACACGCAAACACACACACACACUUUACUGUCAAUAAUUUCAAGAUGGUAUUCAUUUUAUGCCUCAAAAUGCUGCUGUCUUGUCAGUCCUGCUGUUGUCAUUUUGUGGCUUUUUAAAUGUCCUGGACCUGUUUUUAGUGCUGUUUCAAUACUGUACUGCAAUGGACGCUGCAUGCAACUUUGUGCUUGAUGAAUUUUAGUGACCAACGUAGGCAAUUCGUUCACCAGUUGUCUGGCUUCUUGGCCUAAUUCAGGAUUAAAUUAUUGCUCCUUUGAUACAGCAUGUAGAAAGUGGUUGGACCUGUCUAAACUAUGAACUGGAAAGGAUUCUCUGGUCAGUCAGCUGUAGUGGUACACUGUCAUAUUCAGGAAGGUCAGAACCAUCUGUCCAUUAAUUCAAAUUCUCUGAAAUGUCAACAGACUCCUCCCACUCAUGCCACUACCGCUACCACUUCCACCAGUAUCGCAAUCAGUCCCCUAAGUGCUCACUACCCAUAUUGAAUUCCUCACAUGUCAAAACUUCCACUAUUGUAAGAGUAUUUAUUUAUAUCUUCUAAAAAACUCCAGAUGUGCAUUAACCAAGUCAGAACUGUCCGAUCAUCUGACGAUCAUGGCUCAAUGCUAUCGCAGCCAUGGUUGGACCUCCAAACUUGCGUCUGCCCUUUUAACACCCUUUUUUGUGGGGUUGUGUAUUUCCUCUUUAAGUUUUUGUCAUAGAGCUAAACCAAUGAUUAAACAGAUGCCUCAUCUGGUCUCCUAUUGGCCAGCAGUGAUUUGUGCAAGCAUACAAAAAAAAAGUUACUGAAAUGGCCCAAGCUACUUUCUGUUCGGAUUACUUUAAAGCAAAAACUCUGUGAUAAAACUCUGUGAGCAGUGAUGCCCCUUUUUGUUUUCAUAUGUAUCUUUCCCAGUCACUCACUCACUCUCUGACUCCCUCAUACACUCCUCCUAAGUGUUCAGCUCUGACGGUAUUUUGUUGAACUCUUCUCCCUUUGUUAACAACUGGACGUUGUGUCUGGUUCCAUGUAUAUUGACAUUUUUCUUUUUUUUCUGUCCGUUUUAUUUUUGUUUUGAAUUUAUUGGCUGAAUUUGGUCUGACUGGGCACUGGGUUGUCAUAAAUUUAAUUUUAGAAAGAACAGCGGUGUCAGUGUGUGGUGUGUGUGUGUGUGUGUUCUUCACAAGUGUGGCCAAUCCUGAAUGAGAGUAACUGUUCAAGGUUAGGGCCUUGGCUAAAGCACGAUUUUUUACAUCUUAGAUUUCUCUCACUCCUGUCAAUGAACAUGCACAAUCAGUCGCCUAUCCCUGACAUACUGAACAUGAUGAAAGGCUGUCAAGGCUACAAUAUAGAAUAUCACUCUCUUAAAAGAUUUUAGCUUAAAAACACCUGAUGUUAACCUUAAACAAGCUGAUUUUAAAUCUUACAGGUGGGAAGUUGUUAUUUAGCUUGAAUGAAAUUUCUUGUGUGUAGUUUCAUUUAAAGUGCAAAUAUGUAAUAUAUGUUGGCUGACUGCAAUGUAUAUAAAGUCAGAAUGUCUUGUUGCCA